UAACACUCUGCAGCCAGCCCACAAUGUGUGUCAGAGGACUAUCUGUACUACAAAAGUAUAUGACUGCUCUAAAUCUGGUGUCUGUAUUACUCACUGUGAGACUGUGAGACACGAGAAGAAUUGGCUUACACUUUAUCAUCCGGAGGCAGGACAAGGUUUUUCGAUUGUGGGAUAGAAUGCCAGCGAUCGUAAGUAAAAACUCCGAUUUGGAGUUUGACUCCUUACAACCGUGUUUCUACCCGGAUGAGGACGACUUCUACUUCUGUGGUCCCGACUCUGCGCCACCGGGGGAGGACAUCUGGAAGAAAUUCGAGUUGUUGCCUACACCGCCCCUCUCCCCAAGCCGGGCCGCGCUACCGGGGGAGCCGGCGAAUGCCUCCCCGGAAGUAGACCCUCUUGGCUUCGGCUUAGGGGACCCUCUGGACUGGGCUUCCGAGCUGCUGCUCCUGCCCGAGGACGAUAUUUGGGGGGCGUCCGACGAUGGGGACCUGUUCGGCUCAGUUAUGGAUACUACUAACCCAAACAGCAUCAUUCUCCAGGACUGUAUGUGGAGUGGCUUCUCCGCCAGGGAAAAGCUGGAGCGGGUGGUCACAGAGAAACUAGGAAAGGCUAUUUCCACAGCCACAGGAGGCGGCAGCAGCAGCGGCAGCGGGAGGAACGUGUGCGUCAAGGCGCCGGAGGUGGUGAGCCGCAGCUCGGUGUCAGAGUGCGUGGACCCCACAAUAGUCUUCCCUUUCCCGGUCCACAAGAAGAACGUGAGCAGGGACUCAUCCGGGACCGUUAACACAUCAACAACGCACUCGAACAUCAACAGUGACUCCGAAGACGAAGAUGACGAUGAUGAUGAAGAAGAUGAAGAAGCAGAGGAUGAAGACGAGGAUGAGGACGAGGAUGAGGACGAGGACGACGACGAGGAAGAGGAGGAGGAGAUUGACGUGGUCACCGUAGAAAAAAGGCGCUCCACAAUCAGCAAGGCGUCGCCCAUGGCAACAGGCACCGUCACCAUCUCUGUGCACCCAAAAAGCCAGGACUCGAGGGGAGUGGUCUCGGGGUCCAGUGGUCUGGUGAGCCGGUUUGUCAGCCGGGCACCUCAGGAACUGAUCCUGAAGAGGAGCUCAGUCCACCAGCAGCAACACAACUACGCAGCCCCCUCGCCGUACGCCUCAGACGACGACCCAACACCACCUUCCAAGAAACAGAAGACGUUAGACACCCCACGACCCCCGACCAGGACCAUAUCCUCCUCCUCCUCGUCUUCCUCCACGUCUUGCAGCUCCUUCGCCAGCAUGUCAGGCGCGCGCAGCAAACGCAGCGCAAGUGGGGACAGCAGCCCGCGCGGCAGCUCGGAUUCAGAGGACAGCGAGCGUCGGCGCAACCACAACAUUCUCGAACGCCAGCGCCGCAAUGACCUGCGCUCCAGCUUCCUGACACUGCGCGACCACGUGCCCGAGCUGGCGCACAACGAGAAGGCGGCGAAGGUGCUCAUUCUGAAGAAGGCCACCGAUUACGUGAGCUCGCUGGAGACGGAGGAGAUGAGGCUGCAGCAGGAGAAGGACAGGCUGCAGGCCCGCAGGCAGCAGCUGAUGCGCAGGCUGGAGCAUGCAAGGACUCGCUAACGGACAACCACUACAACACGGAAACACUCACAUAUACCCUGGACAACCCCCCUGCCUCAACUGAGUCUGAAACACAAAGUACACACAAACACACACAUACACACAGGCCUUUACACUUAUGCACACACACAUAGGCCUGCAUAUCUGUUCAUCUCAGAGGACGUUCAUCUUCAGGCGACACACACACACCUGCAGGAGAAGAAGAAGGAAGGGGGGUUUGCUGGAGGGAUGCUUGGACUUUCACUGCCGCCACUUUUUUUGCACAUUUGUUGACGUUAAGAAUGUUUAGGGUUUACUUUUUCAAUCCAGUCACAUUGAGGAAAGACAAAAAGAAAAGAAAGAGGAAGCAGAGAGGACACACCUUGUUUUUUUUUUGGUUUUUUUUUUACGGUCUUCCCUUCCUCUGGUUUUUAAAUCAUUUCUAUUUGUAUCUUGUUUUUUUUUUUUUUUUUUUUGUACUCACUGUGACACCAGCCUGGAAUCUGGGUGAUUCCCACAUGAUGGAUGGAUGGAUGUCCGAGGGCACUUUGCUUGGAGAGUUCACAUACAAGAAGCAGUGCACACUUAACUUUGCCUUCACCACUGCAAAAAAAAAAAAAAUACAAAAUAAACUGAAGAGACUAUGAUGACGUUUGAGGUGUUAUGGUUCACAGAAACGAUGCCACUACAGGUUUCUCUUUCUCUCACUCCUCUCACACACUGGUGCUCAAACAAAGUUCAGUGGAUGUAUAACUGUGCACCUUGCUAGCCGACACUUUUGUAUAUAACAAUAGUGUACAGACAAAAAUACACUCAGAUCUGCCUUGUUUUGUAAUACAUUUUGUCCUUGUUUUUUUUUAUACAUGUCAGGAAGCUGCCAAUAACUAGACUGGAAUUUAUAUACCUUUAAAGUACUGUAAGGCCUCGAUUUUUGAGAGUCAUGAACUUUGUAAUAUAACAAUAUAUUGUUUUGUUUCCCUUCUUUUUUCUUUGUAUUGUAUCAUAUUACUAAUUCUACACACCUUUAUGCUUUUAGUGUGACCCUGAUACAUACUAAAUUUGAUACUUAUAUUUUCGUAUGAAAAUGAGUUCUCAGUAGAUAUCACUUUAUCUCGUCAUUUUUUCCUCCUAUCUCAGAUAAUUCUUUUGUACAGAAAAAUGUGUUCUAUCCUUAUGUACCUGCUCUUUUUACUUUCUUCUCCUUUUGUUUAUAUUUUUAACUAUCGGGUGCAUAGAACUGGGUAAACGGAUGAAAGAUGUUGUUGUUUUUUUUCACUUUUAAAAUGUACAUUUAGUGCUGCAACUCAUAGCACUUUGAAAUACCUCAUUUUGAAAAAUAAAUAGACAUCAUAAAAUCCUA